GUCCCUGAUACCGGAUACCACGGGAUGCCUUUGGAUGUCUCGUGGAGUCCACGUGUCGGUGGUCCGAGUUACUCCUGAAGAAGGUCUCAUUUCGUGAGCUGGCUUCCCAGACUUGAACCCUAAGGAGCGCCUUGAGCAAAUGCAGUCAGCACGGCUCCAGACACCCAUGGCGACCUACUAGGACCUUAUCGAGUCUCUCCCAACCCUUGUAUUAAAAAUCUACUAAUGAUCGUUUACUUGUGUGUGUUUAGGUUGCCAUCAAAUACGUGGUGAAGGAUGAGGACCUCAGAUUUACCAGGAUUCCCGGCGAGACAGAGUUACUCCCCGUCGAGGUGGCCCUGAUGCGCAUGGUGUCCAGGCCGCCCGCCAACCCGUACGUGCUGAAGCUCCUGGAGUGGUUCGACACGCCCGAGCGCUGCAUCCUGAUCCUGGAGCGGCCCGUCCCCUGCGUAGACCUCUACCAGCUGAUGCGCAAGAAGGGUAGGCUGAGGAUGCAGUUUGCCCGGCAUGUAAUGCGGCAGGUUGUCCUGGCGGUGCUCCACUGCCGGGAUCGCGGUGUCUUGCACAGGGACAUUAAGCGCCAGAAUGUCCUUCUGAACACGGAGACGCUGGAGGUGAAGCUGAUCGACUUCGGAUGCGGCGACCUGUUGAGGGACACUCCGUACUACACAUAUUCAGGCACGUGGGAAUACUCGCCACCCGAGUGGAUAACCAAGCAGAAGUACUAUGGCUGCCCUGCGACCGUCUGGAGUCUGGGCGUACUGCUGUUUUUCUUGGUUUGUGGACGCCUGCCAUUUCGGUCUAGGAAGGAGAUCACCAAAGGGCGUCUAGUGUUCAAACCUGGUGUGUCUAAUGCCUGCUGCCAUCUGAUCGAACAAUGCCUCAAGAAGAAGCCCAGCAAGCGUCUCACCCUCGGGCAGAUCCUCCUGCAUGGGUGGUUUGAUGAGUAACCGGAAGACUAGGUCCAGACGGUGUAGAUCUUUACACUCAUACUGGCGGCUGCAAAAAAGAGGGAUCUGCGCGUCUUCCAGCAAAGGUACGACCGGCUGAUACAGAUGCUGGAGAAUCGUACUAAUCGGAUGUGGGCCAAAGUGGAGCUGGCGCAGAUCGGGAUCCAGCACGUUAACUUUAUAGACAUCGUCUUUGAGCUGGUGCUGCUGGGAAUUCUGGGAAGAGCGAGGGUGCAUCAGAUCAUCUCAGUAAGAGAGUCUGUGCUCUAUAGAGUCUAAAAUUAAUCUGUGCUGCCCUACAAGUGUAGUUAAACACACCAUUGUUUAGUUGACGCAGUACCGGAGACAAAGGCUCUUUCUGGACCGGCUGAUUGCUCUCAUCUAUUCGUGUGUUACGCCCAGAUAGACUGAACGUGUUAUUUAUUCCAUCUUCAGACUGAGAUGCUGAGCUUCCUGGAUGAAAUCUUCACUCUGGACGAGUCUUUGUAUGCAGAACCUGAAGCCCUGGCUGCUGCACUGGAGACGCUUUUAUGGCAGAGCCUCCAACGGUUUCAUGAAAGGCUGGAAACAGAGGACAUCUAAAGGCCAACCUUGAUUAGAACCUUUAUUUAACUGUCAGGGAUGCAUGUCUGGUGGUUGACGUGUUUUUAAUGUUUGUUCACAGUUUGUGUACUUGUGGAGGUGCGUCAGGACCCAAGACAUCGGCGACGUGUGAAGAUACCACCGAUGUGGAAGCAUGUAUUAGGAUCUCUGAGAGACCUGCUGCCUUUAAGACGAUGUCUUUACAUCAGGACAACGCCCGGAUGACUUUGUGGACCAGAUCCAGAUGUGUAAAAAGCUGAUGUUCUGUAAAAAUUUAAUAAAAAAAGAAGAAACUGUGA